AGGAAAAUCCCUUUUCACUAAAACCCCAAAAAAACCCUUCUAAAACCCCUGAACGGCUGAACCUCAGUUCUAGGGUUUUAAUAACACGAGAUUGUCUUCUACUUCAAAUGCAUAAUAGCAUUUUCUCUUGUAGCUUCUCAAAAGGAUCAACUGGCAUAUGCUUCGAUCUUCCUGCAGGAUUUCCUGUGGGGAAUCGGCAUUUUUUUUCUCCAACAUCUGGAACUACUCAAACCAGAGCUUAUUACAUCCAGCAAACAAGUGUUUCACUGUCCGUUCUGAGAUCUGCAAUCAUUCCUCUAGAAGAUAUUCAAGCCAUUUUAACUCUCCUCCUAAAUUACAAUCUGGUGAAACUUAUUCAAUUCUUCAGUCUAGUGGUCUUCAGCACUGGUUUAAAAACUGGAAGGAGCAAAGAAAGGAUAAACUGACAGCAAGCACUUUUGGUGGGGCUAUUGGCUUUUGGCCUAGACGAAGAGUUCAACUUUGGUUAGAGAAAAUUGGUGCAAUAGAACCAUUUUCUGGUAACUUGGCCACUUGUUGGAACAACAUCAAAGAGGAGGAAGCACUUGAAAGAUACAAGCUUAUUACUGGAAAUACAGUUUUAUUUCCUGAAUUUCAGAUCUAUGGUAAGAAGAACUCAGAAGAUGAUUGGCUAGCAGCUUCACCUGAUGGGGUGGUUGAUAGUGUAGUUUAUGGUUUGCCUUGCCGAGGAGUUCUGGAAAUAAAGUGUCCUUUUUUUAAUGGAGAUAUGAGCAAAGCCACACCUUGGAAACGGAUUCCCCUUUACUGUAUUCCCCAAGCUCAGGGUUUAAUGGAAAUACUGGAUAGAGAUUGGAUGGAUUUCUAUGUUUGGACUCCUCGAGGGAGUAGUCUAUUCAGGUUAUAUCGAGAUGCAGAAUACUGGGAUGUUCUCAAAAUAGCACUUUCUGAUUUUUGGUUGAAGCACGUCCAACCAGCAAGGGAGAUAUGCAGGAAAUCUGUGAUAACGAAUCCCCUCACUGAACUAACAUUGUUCAAGCCUGCUCCUAGGCAUGAAUAUUGUAGAUAUAUAGUUUAUGAAAGCAAACACAUUGUUGAUAGUUCCAGGUUAUUGAUUCGUGAAAUUAAUGGGGAACUACAAAACACAUGGACCUAGAUGUUUAUAUAUUGGAUACUCAAUUUGUGCGGUUAAGGGCUGAUGGAGUUCAUGUCCUAAGGGUUGAUGGAAUUCACUCACAAACUUGUUAGAGAACUUCUUCUGAAAUGUGAUGAAUACUUGGUUCACAAAUUUACAAAUUAGUGUUUACAGAUACAAAGACGUCUUGCACAAAAUGGGGAGGCUCAUAAAAGCCGUUUACAGAAAAAGGCUUAUGUUCAGCAGUUAGAAUCAAGUUGUUUAAAGCCGACUCAGUUGGAGCAGGAGCUUGAAAGAGCUGGACAUCAGGCAGGGAGAACAUUAAUAUUUUGUGAAUAAAUGACCUUUUUUGUUAUCAUAUUGACCUAAUAAACGAGGCAAAUAUGUAUACAUAUCAUGGCAGAGUUUCUUUAUAGGUGGAGUAGAAACUAGUCAGAUGGGGUUUGCUGGACCAAUAAAAUCAGGUUUGUUUGUCAAAUUUCUGGCAUCAGGAUAUGUUUGGUUUUAUUUUGCUUCCAAUGUUAAUCCGUCUAAUUGAAAGCACGUCUCCCCCACUCUGUGGUAGGUUAAUGAUUGACAUUUUAGGAAGUAGGAACUAGGAACCCUUAUUGGAUAUACAUGCAAAAAGCUUUUAAAUAAAGAUCACAAAUGUUUUGUAUGAUUAUACUUUAUCUGAUGUUGAUAGCAUAUAUGAUUUUCAUUAGUUUUGUCUUAAAAUCUUGAUAGAGAACAAGGCUACUAUAAAAAAAGAAUGGUAGGAGCUGAUCAGGAGAACAGCUUAAACUUGAAGUUUUUAAAGUUUGAAUGCAUCUGUUCUGAAAUUAUGUCACAGAGAAUGCACUCCAAUUGGCAAUACAGAGCAAAAUGUUGUCCAACAACUACAAGUAUAAGACCCACCCAGAUAAAUGUAUUAUUUGUAUAUACUCACUGGUGGUCCAUGUGAUAAUUAAAAUUCAUGUUUCUUGAUGGUUGAUGUGCCAUUGUUCUAAGUUUUCUUCUCUCAACUUACCAGAGCUAUAUUCUCAUAUGUUUCUCUAUUCUAUUAUAAGCCGACAAUGAAGUCUCUGCAGGUAUUGCAACUUUUGAGAUGGAGUAUAGACACUGAUUGGAAGAACAAAGCAAACACAUAUGCAAUUUAAGAAAUGCUAUAAAUGUUCAUUUAAGUGAUAUUGAGCUUCGUAUACUCGUAGAGAGCGCCAUAAAUCAUUACCCUGAACUUUUCAUAUGAAAGCAAUUGCUGCUAAGGCUGAUAUUUUCUAUCUGAUGUCUGGAAUGUGGAAAUCAUCAGUGGAAAGGUUUUUCUUGUGGAUAGGAGGAUUCGCCCUUCAGAGCUUCUUAAGGUGUUGUACAAAGAUUAUGCAUUCUUUAUGCUUGCUGGACCAUCUUCACCAGAUACCUCUGCAGCAAAUGUCGCUGAUCUUAACAGUAUAUCAAGCAGCUGGAGGUUUGCUUGCCUUGGGGGAGUACUUCGAACUAUUACGAGCAUUAAGCACAAUUUGGGUGACUAAUCCUUGCGAGCUUGCCUAACAUUGCAUUACAAGGAAGAUAGCAAGUGAAAUCCAUGGAGAUGAGUCAUCUGCAGAUCUAUCCACAUGCAGCCAAAUGUUUUACCUUUUGGUAAUGAUGUUCUAAAACUAUAUUAAAUUGGAGCUGCUGACAUUUUUCAAGCAGCUGUCAAUACAAUUGACAAGUUGUAAAUGUAGGUAGCUAUUAUAUCAAAAGCGAAAGUUCUCAGUCGAAUCAAAAUUUUCAAUGCCUGGCAUAUGCUGUGUUGUUUUCAAAUGAUAUAGCUUGUUUUGAGUAUGAAACCAGAUCGUCAUGUAAAUUUUUGCUGAAUUUUCUUCUGUAUUUUAAAUGUCAUAUACAUAAAGGUGAUGGUUGUUGGAUGUGUA